AGCUUUCUUAUUUUAUCUGAAGAUUUCUUUUUCCCUUUAUUGUGAAGUCCUGUUUAGAAUGGAUAAUAAAGAAAACCAUAUCCAUUCGCAUCAGUCGGAUCACAUUCCUCUUGUUAUUCCCAACAACUCGGUGGUCACGACUUAUGCCAUUGGGCGCCUCAACUCGGAACCCAUUCCGGCAAAGAUUGAGAUAAAGGAGCUGAUAGGCAGUGGGGCCUUUGGAAGGGUGUACAAGGCACGAUUGGAUGACUCCGAGGAGGUGGUGGCCCUCAAGCAGACCCUUCACAAUCCCAAGUUCUGCCAGCGCGAGGCGGAGAUAAUGGGCCAGCUGAUGGACCAUAGCAACAUCAUUCGGCUUAUCAUGCACUCCCGCGUGACCUUAGGCCAUCCUCCGAAGAGUUACAUCAUCCUGAUUAUGGAGUACAUGCCGAUGACACUGCUGGACUACAUAAAUCAUCACCGAAAGCAACUUCUGCCCCCGGAUGUUCUCACCUAUGUCCGCAUUCUUUCGUAUCAGAUCUUCAGGGGACUGGGGUAUCUGCACUCCCUGGGCAUCUGCCACAGGGACAUCAAGCCGGAGAACCUGCUGGUGGACAACCAGAAGAUGUUGCUCAAGCUAAGUGACUUCGGCAGCGCCAAGCACCUGGUUCCCCAGGAGCCCAGCCUAAGUUACAUUUGCUCCAGGCUGUACCGUGCUCCCGAACUCUUUGCCAAAUAUGUUCUUUACGGCUGCUCCGUGGACAUCUGGAGUGCUGGCUGCGUCCUGGCAGAGCUGCUCAAAGGAUCUCCCUUGUUUAUGAGCAACAAACACGAUCGGCAGCAGCUAAUGUUCAUGGUAAGCCUGCUGGGCAGCGAGGGCUUGGACCGGGCCCCUGAGAUCCGUUCCAUGUGUGGAGAUGCCAUCCCCUCCAGGACAAGCCGUCCCAGCUGGGAUCAGCUCCUGAAUCUGGAUGUGCCGCAAGACCUGUCCGAUCUGCUAAACUCCUGUUUCGUCUACGAGUCCUCAGCCAGGAUCCCGCCCAUGAUGGCUUGUGGGCACUGCUCCUACGAUGAACUGCGCAUCAUGGAUGCCUUGGGACUGGACAUGCCGAAUGGCCGUCCGUUGCCACCCCUGUUCAAUUUCAGCAGCCAGGAGUUGGGCAUGGAUCCCAAGCUCUGGGUGAUGCUGUUGCCACUCCACUUCCCUUAGAUGGAAGACGAGCUGCCAGUAUCCGUAAGGAAAAUUAAGUUUUUUAAAAAUAUAAAGCUAGUCAGCAAAUGA